CGUCAUACAUUCCACCGAAAAAAGAACAGCAGCAAGCUUACUACCCAUCUCGCCGCCGCCGCCGACUGCUCUUACAAGCCGUUCCGACCUAUCUCAGUACCGAGUCUGCCUGUGGCCGCACCUGAGCUCCGCUCGAUCCGCAAGUCCAUAUUAUUGCGACCACGUUUCCGAAACCGUCCAUCACCCCAACAAAGCAAAUAAGCCCUCACCCAAAAUGACUGUAGACCACAGCCGAGACCCGUGCCCUUACUCCAUAGUCAACGACGUCGGUGUCGGGUUCUGCAUGGGAGCCAUUGGUGGCUCCGUCUGGCACGGAUUCAAAGGGUACCGCAACUCUCCUCGCGGCGAACGGUUCACGGGCUCCCUAGCGAGUAUCAAGGCCCGUGCACCCGUCAUUGGUGGAAACUUUGCCGUCUGGUCCGGCUUGUUCAACGCUGGGGACUGUACGAUUGCGCACGUCCGUGGGAAGGAGGACGCCUGGAAUCCCAUUCUGGCUGGAACGGCCACCGGCGCGAUCUUGGCGGCUCGGAGCGGGCCGAAAGUGAUGGCGAUCAGCGCUGUCUUCGGAGGAGCCAUCUUGGCGGCGAUGGAAGGUGUUGGGGCCAUGAUCAACCGGAUGAACUCGGAUACGUACAAGCCUCAGGCACCCCCAUUGCCGGAGUUGCCAGCGGGUUUCCAGCCCGAAACGGCACAGCAGCAGUUGGCUGUCUUGGGGGGCGAGUCAAAUAAAGACGGAAACUGGAAUGCGAAUGCGAACGACACGGCAUCCACAUUAGCCGAUCCAUACCAGCAAGCACCACAACAAGCCCAACAGCAACCACAACAGGGAGCACAGCCAUCACAACCGGCACAACCGCAAAGGAGAGGAUUGUUUGGGUUCUCGGGAUGAUGGGAUUGGGAUCGUAGGUGAAGAAUGGGAGGAGGUGGAAGAGGGGCAUGAUGCAUAGUCGGAGCAAAACACGUUAUCGUAGCCGGUCAUUGGAAAUAGGAAGGAGAGGUCACGUAGGGGUUAAGUUUUGCCAACUAUCAUGUAUAUGGGAUCUAGACUGCAAUUUAUUUACA